AUGUCAUCAGGGCAAAGGGCACCAAGAGGCGAUGUUCCGACUCUCUCUUUCUCCCUUCUUUCAUCCCUCCUCUGUCAAUUCUCCCCUGUGUAUGCAAUUUCUGAUACAAGCUCUCGGCACUCUACUGAACAUGAAGAUGAUGAUAAUGAAUACCCUACAUCUGCCUACAAUGACGGAUGCGGCAUUCACUACAAGGUCAAACUCAUACCAAAAUUUCCUCCUCUGAGGGCUGGCAAAAAGCGACGGUCAAAUGCAGUAUGCAAGCCUGUCAAUGCAACUUUCUAUGCCCAUGAACUCUCAGUCUUGGGUGAAAUCCUUGGCUAUGCUAUCCAGUCUGUGAAGCGUGAUGAAAGGACUCUUGAUUUCAAGGUUGUUGCUGGUGAAUUAUAUGCAAAGAACUUUAUGGCUACAUGGAUGGUGCCCUGCUCAGCAGACAAGGAUAUGCCUCUCGAUUCCAUUGACACCUUUGAAGAUAUGGUCAAGCAGGUGGAAAAGAAGGUGAAACUGGAAGUCACCUUGGAAUUGGUUGAAGAUAAUGGUGAGGAUGAUGGAGACAGUUCUGACAAUGAGGAAGAAACUAGCAGAUCAAAGAAGAAGAAGACAGGCAAAUCUAGGCCUGAAUGCACAGCACACGAGCUCGAGAUUGAGGACAAAAUUGUGAACUUGCAGAUGGCACACCUGUGUCAUGAUGUUGAAUGCUGUAACUAUAGGAAGCUUUGCUGGCCAGAUGCGAUAAGUGGGAAGCAUAUCUUUCUCACUGCUAUGCACCUUGAUACUUGGGCUGCUGCUAUAGUCGAAAAGGUUGCUCAAGUUGAUAUCGACCAUGUGCUAGACACCAGAAUGUUCCAGCUCGGCUGUACUGCUGUGGAUGAUGCCCUUCUUCAGUGUCGCAAGGUGACCUAUGCUCCUGCCUCUGCUCCUCCUGUGACACCGCCGAUGAAUUUUUACUUCCUGAACUUCCCUGACAUCCUUGGAGCUCCAGCACAAUGACUUCAACCUCUAGAGCCAUCCCAGAAAGUCAACUUUGCACCAAAAAUCGAUCUCGCUACAUUCUGUGCUUGCUAUACACUUUCUGAGGAUAUUUAUGACAAGUUAUCUAUGUACCAGGUUACCGGACCACACAUGCUAGCCUAUCUGUCAGAUGAGAUAUUGGCAAUGGA